AUGGAAACCCAAGCUGAUGAUAUAAAAAAUACUUCACUACAACCGACAGAGAUUGAACACCCAAUGACUGUUAUAUCUAUAUCUCCAACUUCAACUACUUCUCUUACUGAAUCAUCGGACAAAUCGUUACUUGAAUCUAAUGAUGACCUUAUAUCCCAGGGAGACGAAAAAGAAGAAGAAGAGGAAGAAACAACUACAAAACUCCCAUCAAUUCAAUUACAGAGAGAAGAAAUCAAUAAACUUUUUCAGGAACACCAGAAUAAUGCUAAAGAAGGCGAUAAAAUGUUCGUGAUUCCUACUUUCUGGUAUGAUUAUUUUUUUAAUCCUGAUAUUGAUGACUCUUCUCUAGUGAAACCGAUCGAUACAUCAUUGAUUUGUAGUGAUUAUAGAAAUUUCAUUUUAAAAGAUUACGAUCAAUGCCCAUACAUGGCCAUUCCAGAAUCAGUAUUUAAGAAAUUUGUUGAAUGGUAUGGUUUAGCACCAAAUGCUCAGCCAACAUUUACAAAUUUAAUUUUGGAUAAAGCAACCAACAAUGUAGUAACUGAAUAUAAUAAAUGCUUUUUCAGAGUUCAAUACUUGCUUUCGCCAGAUGGGAGAUCAAGAAGAAUGAACAAUCAUGUAAAUAAUAUUAAUUAUUUUACUAUAUCUUGUAUUAGCACUUUGUCAAAUGCUCUCCAGGAAGCGUUAGAUUUUUUUUUUCAUAUUGAAUCACAUUUAGAUAUAAAUAAAACACCAAUCAAAAUUUGGCUUGUCAAAGACAGUGAUUUGGACGAAAACUCAAGUCACCUUAUCAACACAUAUAUUUUGACACCUGUUAAUUUUUUAAGUUUUCCAAAUGUUAUUCGAAUCCAACCUAAUUUAUUGUCAUCACAAUUACGUGAUUUAAAUAUUUCUAAUGGAUCAUUUAUUAUAGAAAUUAAACAAAGUAAUUUAAAUUAUCACUGGACUUCAAAUUAUUUUCACUACAAUAAAAUUUCUUUAUCAAACGGUAAGGUAGGUUUAUCAAAUUUAGGUAAUACCUGCUACAUGAAUUCUGCAUUACAAUGUCUCAUACAUAUACCUCAGUUAAGAGACUAUUUUGUGUAUAAUGGAUUUGAAAGAGAAAUCAAUACAGAAAAUCCUUUGGGUUAUAAGGGCAAUAUUGCAAGAGCCUUUCAUGAUUUAAUACAAAAUAUAUGGGGUAGUUCAAUAUUACCUUUGAGAACUUCUUUCUCCCCCAAUCAUUUUAAGUCUAUGAUUGGCCAUUGUAAUUCAAUGUUUGGUGGUUAUAUGCAGCAAGAUUCUCAAGAAUUUCUAGCGUUCCUUAUUGACAGUUUACAUGAAGAUUUGAAUAGGAUUAUUAAAAAGCCAUACGUAGAAAAACCAAGUUUACUGAGAGAUGCAGACAUUGACGAUUCUGAUGCAAUCAAAAAUCUGGCAGAAAAGACAUGGGAGUCACACUUACUUAGGAAUGAUUCCAUUAUUACUGACUUAUUUGUCGGGAUGUACAAAUCUACUCUAGAAUGUCCUAAAUGUCGCAAGGUAUCUAUAACAUUUGAUCCAUAUAAUGAUAUCACUUUACCUCUUCCGGUUCAUUCUGUUUGGAAAGCUACAAUACGGUUAUUUCUUCAAAAUUUACCUCCAUGCAUGUUGGAGGUUGAAUUACCAAAGACUGCUACAUAUAAAGAUUUAAAAAAUUAUGUAUCCAAAUGUGUUAAUAUCGAUGCUGAUAAUUUGUCCGGCUGUGAAAUAUUUGGCCAUCAGUUUUAUAAUAAUUUUGAAAUGCCUGAUUCUAAUUCACAAUAUUUACCGUUACACGAAUUGAUAUCUGAAUCAGAUAUAAUAGUAUUCUACGAAUUACCUGCUGAUGAAAAUGAUGCCAUUGUUCCUGUUUUGAAUUCAUAUAGAGAUCCACAGUUCCCAUCACCAUCGUUAUUUGGUGUCCCAUUCUUUAUUAUUCUUAAACCUAAUGAACUCAAUAACCCACUUUAUAUUCGCAAGAAAUUACAAGACAUGUAUAUAAACCUAAGUGGAGGCCAUAUUUCAUUCAAUCAUAUAGAUAGCGAAACACCGCUUUCAUUUACUGAUUUCCCUUUAUUGGUCAAUAAAUAUAGUGCUGAGGAAUUAUCUAAAUAUAGUGAAAUCAUACAAUUUGCUACAUGUACGACAGAUAAUGGGAAAGAAUUUUUCAGAAUCAAGAUAUUAGAUGAUAGUAACGAAAUAGAAAGAAACAAUAUGGAUGAAAAUUCACUUCAGUUUUGGACACCAAGAACUCACAUCAACUUAAAUGACUCCGAAGAUAUUGUCAAUGUAUUGGAUGACAUAACCAAGGAUAUUUAUAAUUAUCCUAAAAUUAAGGAAGAAGAUCGAAAAAAACAAAGUUUGUUUAAGGAAAAUCCUACAAGUGACACAGAAUCAUUGACGAGCAAGCCUUCUACUAAUAAUGUGACUAGUGCCGAUGAAGAUGUAAUGAUGGAAUCCCCGGUUUGUGAUAAUUCUAUUGCUACAGUUGAAACCAAUAAUAAUAUAAUGGAAAAGUCUACAACCGAUCAUCAAGUAAAAUUCAUUCCCAGAAAAAAACUAAUAUCACCAACAACAUUCAUAGUAUGUGAAUGGAUAAAAGAUAAUAUGGAAGAAGCAUUUUCGGCAGAUAAAGUAAUCAAUUGGGAAAACCCGGGAAUGAUACCUAAUAAAGAAUUAGAAUCCAUUAAAUUAGAAAGAUUGAACCAAAAUGAAAAACAAAUAACAUUAGACGACUGUUUAACAUUAUUUUCUAAGAAAGAAGUCCUUGGAUUCAAUGAUUCAUGGUAUUGCCCAAAUUGUAAAGAACAUAGACAAGCUACAAAGCGUAUACAAUUAUGGAAUACACCAGAUAUUAUGUUAAUUCAUUUGAAACGUUUUGAAAAUACCAGAUCAUUUAGUGACAAGAUUGAUGAUGUGGUUAAUUUCCCAAUUACUGGGUUUGAUAUCAGUAAACAUGUUGUCUGUAAAAAUGAUUCAAGUAAUAAUAUAUAUGACCUAAUUGCUGUCGAUAAUCAUUACGGUGGUUUAGGUGGCGGUCAUUAUACAGCGUACGUAAAAAAUUUUGUUGAUGAUAAGUGGUAUUAUUUUGAUGAUUCAAGAGUAUCAGUGGCAAAUCCAGAAAAUUCUAUAGCAGGAUCAGCAUACUUACUAUUUUAUCUGCGUAGAGGUUCUUUGAAUAAACCUAGUAAAGUAAAAACUAUAAUUGAUGAGACAAGGAUGGCAUAUGAGAAUCAGAUGAAAGAAAUAUAUAGUCGCCAAGAAAGCAUAUACAAAACAAACCAAACAGAUGAUGAGAAUAGUAGUAGCAGUGAUGAGAUGGAUAUUACUGACAACGAAGAGGUAUCGGAAGAAAAAGGGGACAAAAAUAAGGAAGUACAUAUUGAUAAGGACGAGUCAGUUAUUUCUUCCAAAUCGUACAAAAAAAAACAUUUUCAAAGGAGACAUAUUAAUUUAUCUGAUACAUUUCCAUGUCCAAUUGAAUCAGAUUCAGAAGACAAUUUAGUUAUCAAAAGACAUGAAAGUGAUAAUAAUACAACAAACAAUAAUGAUAAAGUAAAUGAUGUGUCACCUAGACAAACAGUUGAAUAUAGCACAAAAUGUCAAGAAGUUGGCCAUCUUCAUUUAGAUGAUGUAGAAAGUCUAGAGCAAGAACAUAUAACAAGAAGGAAAAUACGUGUAUUAAAUAAGGUAUACCCUAAAAAAACAGAAGAUGAUACUACAACUUCAUCUGAUUUGGAUAACUAG